CUGCAGCUGGAGAAUUUCGUUCAGAAGAGCCUGAGGCGGGAAGUUUCCAACGUUCAGUCGCAUGCCGUUCACAACUCAACCGCCACCAUGCUGGAAAUCGGAACCAACCUGCUGUCGCACACGGCCGAGCAAACGCGCAAACUCAACGUGGUGGAAGCCAAGGUGCUGAACCAAACCUCCCGGAUAGAGAUCCAGCUUUUGGAGAACUCCCUGUCCACCAACAAGCUGGAGAAGGAGCUCCUGCUGCAGACGACCGUGAUCGACCAGCUGCGAGACAAGAACAGUCGUUUGGAGAAUAAGGUUCAGAUGCUGGAGUCUCGGCAGAGAGGAGAGCUGGAGGGCAUGAGGGAGGAGAAGAACAGACUGCAGUCCCUGGUCAGGGAGCAGAUGAUGGCCAUAGAGUCUUUGGAGAGGCAGCUUCGAGUGGCCAGCACCAACACCACGGCCCUACAGAGGCAGCAGAGCCAGCUGAUGGAGUCUUUCCACAAGCUCAUUAACAUGGUGACCAGUCCUCCAGGGUCCCCUCCCCGAACCCAGAUGUGGAAGGACUGUGCAGAUGCCUACAAAGCCGGACACGCCGUCAGCGGUCUGUACCACAUCUACAUCGGCAACAGAACCGAACCGGUGCAGGUGUACUGUGACAUGGAGACGGGCGGGGGGGGCUGGACAGUCUUCCAGCGGCGCUUUAACGGCAGCGUGGACUUCCAGAGGAGCUGGAGGGAGUACAAAAUGGGUUUCGGGGACGUGCUGGGAGAGCACUGGCUGGGCAAUGAGCUUUUACACCAGCUGACCACUCAGACCCAGUACUCUCUGAGGGUGGAGCUGAGGGACUGGGAGGGAAACUCUGCCCACUACCAGUACGACCGAUUUACACUGACCAGUGAGACACAACAAUACAGAUUGUAUUUGCGAGGUUUCAGUGGAACGACAGGGAGGCAGAGCAGCCUGACCUCUCACGGGGCCGCAUUCAGCACCCGGGACCAGGACAACGACAACUGUGACCACUGCAAAUGUGCCCUGAUGCUGACCGGGGGUUGGUGGUUUGAUGCCUGUGGUUUCUCCAACUUGAACGGGAUCUAUUACUCAGUGGGCCACAACAUCAGGAAACUCAACGGCAUCAAAUGGCACCACUUCAAAGGCCCCAGCUACUCCCUGAGCGCCACCGCCAUGAUGGUGCGGCCCUAUGACUUCUAACAACACCCCUCAGUCUUCAUAAUGGCUCGAACCAUGACUUCUAACAGCAGUGUUUCAAUUAUAUGUUGGUACAAUCCCAUCGCUCAUGACCUCCAAAACCCCUCACCAGCUCAAAGCAACACUAUGGUACAACCUGAAAUCUCCCUCUGGAACAAACAUGGUACAGUCCUGGACCAGUCAUCUGGUGAAAAGUCCUGUUGGCCUUUGUUCUUAUUGCCUUUUUCUGAUCCUUUAAUGAACCAAACAAACCGAAAAAAAAGAUUUUGUCACAGCAGCAUAUAUAAAUCAACCUGCCAUUUGAAGAAUGAAAAGAAACCAAGAGGGCAAAGUUCAAACCCAGAUUUCCCCUUCAUGGGCUUUUACAUUUGGGGAUGGCUUAAAGUACGCUCACAGUUUCUCCAUUAAAAAAAAAGGGAAAGUUAAAUGAGCUCUAACUUAAUGUCCUAUGUAGAAAUAAUCAAAUCCCUCCUGCCAGCCUCCUCCUAUUUGACUCCAGUGAAAGUCUAUGGUCCCUAAACACCAACAUUUUGAUGUAAGAAAACAAUAUCAAAGCACAUUAUGAGCCAGCAAAAAAAAAAAAAUGGAUACCUAAAACUGGAAGUGGUGAGGUCUUGAUCCUGGUGAGGAGCCUGGCAGCUAAGUUGUGUACAGUAUGGAGUAAACGAAGAGGUUUUCCAUUGAGGUGAACGGCAAGCGUUAUGCACUAUUGAAUGCACGAAGAGAUAAAAGGACAUGGAGUGGUCUGUGUCUGUUCGACGUUUGGAUAUCUGUGUUUUAUCUGUGACGGCGAAACAACGGUCGAGUUAGCUUUUUUUCAGUCUAAACUCAAAUUACCACAAAAACAGAGAAAAGGAUUCCUCACAGCAGACAGAAUUCUGUCGAUUAGCAUAUUUAUAAUAUACCUGCUAACAUUUUAUUUAAUUAGUUAAUGAAGUAAUCGGCUGGCAAAUAGCUAAUGAAAUCUGUUAUUUGCUGUGCACGGUGCUGGUAGUUAGCAGAAUGAGACUGUCCUGUUGUCUGUGGACAGCCAGGAUCGUGAAAUGAUGACAGGCAUCAAGAACAAAGAGAAGACGCGUGGAUAUUGAAAGCUGACCCUGUUGAUAGACCAGAUCAGCUCUAAGGACUUCACACAGGAGGAAGUGACUCUUUCUCCAUGGUUUGUGGUUGGCUUUCAUGGUCAUGAAGACAGGGGGGAAAUAAAAGUCCUGUGCAGGAAGACUGAGCACGGACCGUGUUUUAUUUUGCAGACUCAAACACACAAAUCAGGAGUUUUGUUUGGGAGAUGCGCAAUCAGAAAAAUGGACUUUUAUCGCAUCUCAAACUCUGCAAACUGUGCACAGUUUUGAACAUCCACAUCUUUGUUCAGAAUCAAUUUAAACCCCUGGAUAAUGGAAUGGUGGUUUAAAAUGAAAACUGCAAGCCGGAAAGACACUGAGCGUCACGGUUUUCAAUAUAAUGUUGGAAGAAAUGGCGAGCCCUCAUAAAAUUUGUGUGGAAAAGUGAUUGCAUUUUUAAAUGUGUUACUGGACAUUAAAGAAAAGAUCGAGUCUAAGGAGGAAAAACGCAAAUGAACUGAACAGAGUGCGGCUUUUUCCUUGUUUUUGUUCUGCAACCAUUUUGAACAUUGAAUGGGAAAAGAAAAAAACAAGCUUUGGAUGUUUUAAUGCCUUAAGAUCCCAAUUCUGAAACAAAUAAAUGCUGCUUUGAAUAUUUUCCGAAUGUAAAAAACUGGUUCAUUUUCAUGUUUUUUGUAUCCUGUUAUGGGCUAGCAAUCAAUACUUCAGUGGCAAUAAAUGAGUUAGAGGACAUAUGUUUUACUUAUCAAUGAAUUGCUUUGCUAAAGUCGUCAUUUGUACUGUCUCACUUUGUCUUGUGCACUCACGAUUGUGUCUUAUUUGAGAUUUAUAUUGUGAUUAAAGUGAAAAAAUGU